AUGAAUAUUGCAUCAUCGCAUCCAACUAGGGAGUCCUCGAUUUCUGUUGCGGUUAGAGUUAGGCCCUUCACUAAUUCAGAAGAAUCAAAAUUGAUUAAGCAGGAAGAAGAUCCAUUUUUCGUUAGUGAUGGCUCGCUAUCUUCUCAUAACAAGUCAUCUGAACGUUCUGGUUCAAAACUGACCUCAGUCUUCAAUCCUAGGGGUAUUAGAAAGAUUGUAAACGUGGUUGAUGAUAAAAUGUUAAUAUUUGAUCCACCCGAGACUAAUCCCUUGAGUACCAUGCAGAAUAAUGCAUUCCCGAAUAAUGCUCAGAGACCAAGGAUAAGGGAAUAUCGUUUUGUAUUUGAUAAAUUGUUUGAUGUUCUGACUAGCCAACAGGAAGUUUACAAUAAUACAACUAGACCUUUAUUGGAUAGUAUACUCGACGGUUAUAAUGCCACUGUUUUUGCAUAUGGAGCUACUGGGUGUGGGAAGACCCAUACGAUUCUGGGCUCUCCGCAAGAUCCUGGGGUAAUUUUUUUAACAAUGAAAGAAUUGUUUGAAAAAAUUGAAGAAUUGUCCGACGAAAAACUUUUUGAUGUUAGUUUAUCAUUUCUCGAAAUUUAUAAUGAAACAAUUCGUGAUUUACUAAAUCCAGAAACAAGCUUUAAAAAAUUAAUCUUAAGAGAAGAUGCUAAAAAGAAGAUUUCAGUUGCAAACCUAUCUUCUCACAAACCAAAAAGCGUAGAGGAAGUUAUGGAUUUAAUUCUAUUGGGGAAUCAAAAUAGAACUAGUUCCCCAACAGAAGCUAAUGCCACUUCUUCUAGAUCUCAUGCGGUUUUACAAAUUAAUGUAGUUCAAAAAAAUAGAACUGCAGAUAUCAAUGAAGAACACACGUUUGCAACAUUAUCAAUUAUUGAUUUGGCUGGUAGUGAAAGAGCCGCAGCUACAAAAAAUAGAGGUGCUAGACUUAAUGAGGGAGCUAAUAUCAAUAAAUCAUUACUUGCAUUAGGGAAUUGUAUUAAUGCCUUGUGCGAUCCCAGAAGAAGAAAUCAUAUUCCUUAUAGAGAUUCAAAGUUGACCAGAUUACUCAAAUUCUCAUUAGGGGGAAAUUGUAAAACCGUUAUGAUUGUUUGCAUCUCCCCAUCUUCCCAGCAUUAUGAUGAGACAUUAAACACUUUGAAGUAUGCUGAUAGAGCCAAAGAAAUUAAGACAAAGUUGAUCAGAAAUCAACAUAACCUAGAUCGUCACGUUGGGUCAUAUUUGAAAAUGAUUACAGAGCAAAAACAGGAAAUUAAUGAAUUAAGAACUCGUGAAAACAAAGUUAUUGAAUCAACUAUUAAUAAACAAAAUCAAAUUCUUGGAAAAUGCAAUCAGUCUAUUCUCGAUUCAAUUGAUUCAAUCAAAAAAUCUUUGGAUAAUCAUCAACAAGAUAAAUGGAAAAAAUACUUCUUAUUAGCUAAAAGAAAAUUAUUACUAUCUCAACAGACUAACAUUUCUCUUUUGUCAGAGAACUUACAAAGAAUUGGUCAUUUUGCAUUUUUAAAAGAUUUAAUUAAUUUCCCCAGUUUAGUUUUUCAGGUUAAUCAAUUGACGACUAAAAUUAAUCAACAAAUUGUUAAUUUAGAAAAACAAUAUGGUACUCCUUCAGAUAUUGAUAAUAUUUUCACUCAUUCGAUUAUUUAUACUUUGAAAAAAUUAAAAGAAUCAGAAGGUUGGACUCAGUCUCAUACUUUUAUAUUUGAAAAUUUAGUCGAUGCUUUGAAAGAUACAUUUGAAAAAGAUAUAAUGAUAAAUUCAUCAAUCUUAUUUGAUUACUUAUUAUCUGAAAUAAAACAAUAUGUUUCCUUACCUAAAGCAUUCCUGGAUUUAUUAAUCAUUUCAACUAAUCCUGACCAGGACUAUGCUCUUGAAAACAUUGUUUCUGUGGUUGAUCAUCUAAUUUUAACUUUAGAGUCAAUGAAUAAUAGCGAUUUUGAUGUUGCAAUUGAAAAAUGCACUUCUACAUUUAUCCAGCAGCAAUUUAAUGAAGUUGACCAGCAUAAUAAUGAAGACCCUUACCAAGGCUUGGAGACGAACAAUUUAAACAAUCAAAUGAAUAGUCUGUCACCAAAUCAAAAUUCUUUGGGAGAUACUCAGAUUCCAAGACCUUCUUUAGCUAAGUCUAAAAGAGGUUCCACCUCACCUUUAAAAUCUUCUCCUCCUAGAAAUUUGAAGAAAGCCACCAUGAAAAAGCUUAGUCCACCAAAAAUUUCCCCAGUGAAUAAACUCGGAAAGAAAGUACGUUGGGAUGUCUCUGAUAAUAAUAUCGAUACAAGCAUGAUUGAAAGUGAACAUGACAUUAGUAUGGAGGAGCCACCACCUCUACAACAAGAGAAACCCAAUAAUACAUAUCCCAGUAGUAAUGAUGAUAAUUCUCCUAUUAAUAAUGAUGUCCUUGAUAGGUCAGAUAUCAUGGAUGAUUUGGAUUUUAAGUUUGACCCUAGUCUUGAUUCGCCAUCGGUCAAUAGCUUAUUAAAACAUAAAGAUUCAACCGAUUUUUCACGUAAUAAAUUAAAAUAUUCUAAUCCAAGAUUACAAUCCUUAACUAACAGGAAACUUCCAACAAGCGAAGAAUCUCUCGAUAAUGAAGAUUCCUUAUUGAAGUUACCUUUACUUAACAAGGGGGCAAGUACUAAAAUAAUAUCGGAGAAAGAAAAUGAACACUUUGGUUUUUCGCCAGGUCUUUUACCAUCCCCAACAAAUAAUUAUAAGUCAUCAGUGUUAAGUGAACCUUCUAGAGUUAUCAACAAUGAUUUUCGUGAGUAUAACCAUGGUACUAGAAAUAUUGGCAGUAAUGGCUCUGAAGAAGUUGAAUGA